CUCCGUCCGGCUAGCGAGGGUAAGGGAUAUUUGGUGCGCUUUUUAUUCUACUUUACUCACGCGCCUUUUAGGCUUUACUCACGCGCUUUUCAGGUUUUCUUCGUCUCGGAUGGGCUAUUCCUCAGCGCUUCACGGUUCCCCUUACGCUCUCGAUGUGCUCCCCCUCCCCCUACGCUCUCGAUGCGCUACCCCUUCUCAACGAUGAACUACCCCUUUCGCCCGCGCCCACCUCGCACGCGCAAGAAUCUGCUUCUCCUUUGGCGUUGAGGCAGUGGAUCGCCGUCCGCGGGGUGAUGAGUAUCACCCCUUGGGCGCUGAGUACUCACUGUUCGGGCGCCGAGUACUCACCGCUCGGGCGCUGAGUGUCCACCACUCGGGCGCUGAGUGUCCACCACUCGGGCGCUGAGUGUCCACCACUCGGGCGAUGAGUACUCACUGCUCGGGCGCUGAGUGUCCACCACUCGAGCGCCGAGUAUAUAGGUCUUCGUCGCCCGAUCUGGUGGCUCGUUCCUGCGUUGCUCGCCUUCGAGUUGGGGUACCGCUUUUCUUUGUAGCUCGGUAGAUACCCCUAGCUCGGUAGAUACCCCCAGCUCAGUAGACACCGCUAGCUCAGUAGACACCUUGUACUGUCUUGUUACUAGCUAUAGAUUGCAAUGAAAGCUCUUACAAUCC